AGUUGUCCGUGAGUUUUUCUUCGAGUCAAGUCCGUUCCCAGUGGUAGCUGCUAACAGAGAAAAAAAGGCUAUUCACUCAACAGAGAAGAAGUCUCAACAAUCUGAAAGCACAAUCCCAACUGGUGUACAGUAUCGCUCAGGAGAGACACCGCUUAUCUCUUCCUAAGAUUAACACGAUAAAUCCUUUGCGUUGUGUACGAUAAAUCGGUGUGAAGAGAAAGUGAUUUGAGACACAAUUUUUUGUUGACUUUUAUUUUUAUCUCUUAUCAUUCAAAUGUUCACCUGAGUUGCAUUGUCGUUUUUACUUUAAAAAUUUUGAUGCUUGUGUGGUUGAUUUUCUGUUUGUGUUAACGACUCACGUAAAGGGUUGGUGAUUAGAUGUUGUAGGAAAAAUUUGAAUUUCCAACAGCAACAAAUUUUCCAGAGAGUAAAAAAGUUUAUCAGAGAAAAAGAAUCCUGUGAACCUAAUUUAAAAAACUUUGAUUCACGAACGUUCUCUCUUGAUCCGAUUAAAUGAGAUUCUCGAUGGAAAUUCAGUGCCCUUGCACCAUACUUCACUUGGCAGGCAUUAACACUCAUUUAUAAAAUUCUUCAGUUGAAUCAUUCCUUGACCACCUUUCGGGAUCUUACGUUCAAGACAUACAACUUGGCCACACACCAUUGUCACCUUCGAUCCCAAGAUAGUUUAUGUGCUGAUGAGAAGCGCGGCAAAUCGGCCGCUCCACCGAGUCGAGCAGCAUCCGAUAUUGUCGGAUUGGGAUAUUCGCCACGGAGGGCCACCGGAGCCACAGAUAACGGCCCUAAGACCAAGGGGGCCAUGCGUGAGGCCUUCCCGAGCCUCCCGUUUGGUUCCCCGAGCUUGGAUAGAGAUAGCCGCGACGGCAAAUGUGAUCGCACGGUAGAACACGACAAUAUCGCUACGUCAUCUUCAUCUGUGUCCUCAUCGUCGUCCGCCGCGACGGCCGCUCAGGCAGCCUCCAGUGCAAGCAGUGCCAGCACAGCGACCAUCGUCAGUCGGGAGGAGCAGACGACCCUCCUGGACGGCUCCUCUGCCAUCUGUGACACUGCUGAGGGUAAUUCUAAACAAACAUCUGUCGGUGCCACGGCAACUAAUUAUGCCCCCUCCCAUCCGGGAGAACUGGAGGAACUCCAGCAUGUCCUACAUUUUCCAGAAGAAGUUGCACUAAGAAUUACCGAUGCGGAAUAUCAACUAUUUUAUCAGGUGCCUCCCGUAGAAUACUUCAAACAUGUGAUAUUAGAAUUGCAAGGCGAAACUGCUGCGGUUCCACCAACUCCACCACCACGAUCGUCAAUCAGAGGCCUCCAAAAGCGGUUCGAUGAGGUCUGUUCAUGGGUGGCGCACUUCAUUGUGUCCCAGAGCUCGCAGGAUGAACGCAAAGCGGCUUUCGCGUGCUUGCUGCGUGCAGCUCUCACAUGCUGGAAUAUUGGUAACUUCAAUGGUGCUCUGGAAAUUACGACAGGACUACGAUCCAUUAAACCGAAACACUUUUGGUCAUCGAGCGUGGAGAAAGGCAAAAAUCCCGUACUGGACUUCCUGUCGGCCGCCCUUGAGUCUGUCGAAUACGAAAGAGCUUUAGCUAGAGGAUUGGCGAUGCCGGAGUGUCGCGUGAUUCCGUGUUUCAAGGCGUUUCUCGGUGAGCUGAAGGAGAUAAUGUCAACAGGUUUCCCCGUGGUACCGCCGCAUUCUUCGUGCGUUCCACCCCAAGUGGCCGCCGACCCCAUUCAGAUCGAUAUCGAACCGGUGGGGCGAAACAGUACCGCGCCCACAACAACGACCAGCACCAGCACCGUGGACAGUGUCAAUCGAGGUGUCCAGACGGGGUCCGUGCGCAGUCCUCAGGAGCAGAGACGGGAGAUAUCCACGGCGACUGGUAACAAGUGCCCUCAGCGAAAAGUGUUCAUCUCGGAUUAUAAUGGUGAUGACCACUACUUCACGAAAAUCGGAUCGAGGGGUUUGGGGAACUUGGAACAAAUCUACCGAACUCAGGCCGUGAUGGAUCACAUUGAUCUAUGUCACCAGCAUCACCAUGCUCUGUGCAAGGAUUCAGCUGCUACUCUUCAGGAUUACCUACGAUUGGCAUCGCAGAGUCCAAGACAAAUGGCUGCAGCAUCAACAUACCAGCCGGAGAUUGAAGAGCUAGAGGAGGACUAUGAAGUAGAAAUUGGUAACUACAAUCCCGUUCAGCCGCUAUUUCACGACCAUGGCAUCUGCAUGAUUCCCAUUUCGUCGAGACAUCACAAAAUUGACCAUCAUAUCCUUCAGAUCCUACAUCAUGGGACAACAUCUGUUCUCUGGGAGCCCGAGACACCAUCUGAUAGGUCUUGUUAUGUGUUUUUUCGUCUGGAGCGCUCAUGUUCGAUGGUGACGUGGCAUAAACCAGCGUGGCGUCGUCUCAAAACACAACAAGAUUUCAAUAUGAAUAUAAAUCCGGAAGAAUUAGUUUCACCACGAUUGACGCAAAAGCAAAUGCCGAGUGCUAUGGAUAUUGAAGGACAGAGUCCAACUUUGGAUGAGGGCUUUCUGGACUUGACGCUGGUCAAAGAAAUUACAAUGGGAUCACGGAACCAUGAAUAUGAUUUGGAAUUGUUGGCUGCUGGAAAGAGAUUUGGCCUGACGCAUGUCGAGUGCUGCGUCUCUAUUCUUUAUGGCAACACACUCAACGACAAUAGAGUACUGUGUCUUCUCUGCCCACCAAUGCUAUGCCGAUUGUGGUAUGUGGGACUCAGUUGGAUAAUACGUGGCAUUAAGAGGCAACAACGACUGGCCGAUCGGUCGAUGUUCUGGCUCAAGGAGCAGUACAUUCAGCUGUACUUUGAGGAUGGAUGUUGCGAUGAACCCCUAGCUGCAGAUGCCAUCCGGGUGUUUGGCGGUAGGGACUGGGCGAUAUCGGGUAAUACCACCCUAACCAGCAGCCAGGCGGCCGAAGCAGCAGACGCCCUACGGCGAGAGGCGUCGAUCAAAUUCAAGAAGAAGCGUUCUGUGGUGAAUUUACUGACACAGGGUGGAGCAUCGAGUAGUGGACCAGCAUCCCUGGAGAUGGAUGCAGCCCCUAAGGACCUACGGACGAAACCCAUCGAUCGACGGAAGGAGCGAAAUGAGUCGAGUGACCAAUUGUGGCAGAAUGUGAAGCACCUGCGGGCGGGUUCCAUCACAUAUGAGACACAUCUAUCCUUCCUCGAUUUUAUUGCCCUUUUCCGGUCAUUUAGUCUGUUGGCGCGUAAGGACCUACGGGAUCUUUUUGAUCAACUCUCCGUAGCACGUCGCAGCAAGUCAACCCUCAAUCCGGAGAAGAGUCGCAGUGCUCCUGAACUGUGCAGUGGUGUGAGACAACGAAAAAUCGCUCAAAUGCAUGUUCUAGGUCUUCUGACGCGCAAUAGUUCCCUGGAUCUGGAAUUUACAGAGGCCAAGAGUGCGCAAAAGAAGAUUUUCGACGCAAUUGCCGCAUCCAGUAUUCUGGCCAAUUGUGCCGGUAUUGAUACGUCCAAUACGCAAGUUAUCACAGUGUCUACGCUGAGGAAGUACCUCGAAGCUAGACAAAUGGAAGUUAAAUCUGAAGAUGAGGUGAUUGCAAUUAUUCAACGACAUGAGCCAGAUCCUACGCUCAGAGCUGAAAAUUGUCUCAGCUUUGAAGGAUUUGCCAGGUACAUGAUGGACAAGGACAACUAUGCCUUUGUCAAUGAGAGAGUGAUUCAGAGUACAUCCAAUAUGGAUAGACCACUGUCUCACUACUACGUGGCAUCGUCACACAAUACCUACCUCACAGGGCAUCAGUUGAAAGGGGAGAGCUCCGUUGAACUCUACAGUCAGGUUCUCCUCACCGGAUGCCGUUGUGUUGAGCUGGAUUGUUGGGAUGGUGAUGACGGCGCCCCAGUCAUCUACCAUGGCCAUACAUUCACCACUAAAAUCCCUUUUAAAUCCGUUGUGGAGGCGAUCAAUAAGUCAGCCUUUGUGGCAUCACCCUAUCCUAUUAUCCUGUCCAUCGAAAAUCACUGUUCGAUCCAGCAGCAAGCAAGAAUGGCACAUAUAUUUCAGAGUAUAUUUGGUGAGAAACUCGUAUCCAAAUUCCUCUUUGAUGUGGACUACAGCGAAGAUCCAGUACUCCCGUCCCCAUCUCAGCUCAAGCAUCGGAUUCUGAUAAAGAAUAAAAAGCUCAUUGUUGAGAUUCCGUCGACGAUCUCUAAUCCAGCACUGAGAUCUUUUGCUAGCAGAACCAACGUGGGCCUGAAGCACCAAGCUAGUCAGUCGGGUAGAACGAGUUCCAUCAUCAGCAACGUGAGUGGUGGUUCUGUCAACGAGGAGUUUAGCGAUGAUGAAUAUGAGGAUGACGAUGACUUUGAUAACAUCGAUGAGAAAACCCUUCAUAGUAUAUUUGGGUCAACGGAUGAGAAAUCCUCACGCUACAGUUUGUCAUCAUUUUCCAAUGUAACACCAACACGUCGGAUUGAUAUUGAUGAUAAGCAGCCAAAGAAACGAAGCAGUCAAAUAGCACGAGAACUUUCUGACCUUGUGAUAUAUGUGCAGGCGAUCAAAUUUCGCGGCCUCAAUCCCAUUAGUCCACACAAUUCUGUUCGUUUGCAGCAGCCCCCGAGCACGGCUAGUUCCAGUGCCUCCCUGGUGACAGUGGGAAGUAUCCUGAAGAGUGGGGGUGGUGGAGGUGGUGGAGGAGGUAAUUCUGGACCACCAUCAAGUUCCGUGGAUUCCACUUCAGCGGGCUCUGAAAGUGAAUCUCAGCAUACAACGUCAUCGAGCCAUCGGAAGUUGAUGCAUGCCAAUGUUAACCAUCCGUACUAUCAAUGUUCAUCCAUUAAUGAGGCCAGCACGAAGAAACUCUGCCGAAAGCAUCCAUUAGCCGUGAUAGCUCACACGCAAACCCAAUUGAUGCGAACAUAUCCGGCGGGUCUGCGCAUUGACUCAUCAAACUUCAAUCCCACCUUCUUCUGGGCCUUUGGUAUCCAAAUGGUGGCACUCAACUACCAGACAGACGACCCACCGAUGCACAUCAACACGGCCAUGUUUGAGGAGAACGGUAGCUGUGGUUUUGUGUGCAAACCAGACGUCCUCUGGGAUCAGUCCCACCUCAUGUACCGACGCUUUAGUCCGUUGGAAAAGGAAUUUGACGGAUUGCAUUCAUCACAGAUCGUCAUCAAUGUCGUAUCUGGCCAAUAUGUGUGCCAGAGCAAUUUACUAUGCAGCACAUACGUAGAGGUAGAAAUGAUUGGUAUUCCUGUUGAUUGUAGCAAGAAAAAGACCAAGACAAUCAAAAAGAAUGCUCUCAAUCCCAUCUGGAAUGACACAUUUUUCUAUAAGGUCAUGUUCCAUGACCUCGCUUUUCUGCGAUUUAGUGUCUUCGACUCGGAUUCCAAUCACCUGGUGUCACAGCGUGUCAUCCCACUCAAAUGCCUAAGGCCUGGAUACCGGCAUGUUCGGCUGCGUUCACCGACCAAUCAACCCCUCAGCAUGGCGUCUCUCUUCGUUUACUCGCGUGUUGAGGAGGAGUCACUGGAGCGUACAUCAGACGAAGCGGCGGAAUUCAUGAGUGGCAGUCACGAUGACAAUGCCCUGACAUGUGGCCAAGGAGAUGGUGGUGGUAGGGUGGAGUCCUCACCGUUCGUGGGUGCUAACAUACCCCUGAAACGUCGCAUGUUCUUCCUCAUGGUUUACGGCGUCGUGACGGAUGAACCGUACACGAUACUGAAAAUCACGCAAGAAAGCACAACCCAAGAGGUGAUCAUGCAAGCUCUUCAGAAGGCAAAUAAGUCACCACUCAACGUGAAUGACUACAUCCUCGUGGAAGAAGUGAGACGUGGGUGGGAGAAGAAGGACCGUGAUUUACCGUCAACUCAGCGUGUCUUGGAUAUGUUUGAGAAGCCACUUCAAGCUCAAGGUCAGUGGAGAGGUGAGGGACGUUUUAUACUCAAGCGAAUUGGAGAUGAUCCGAGUAGUAGAGCCUGGCUCACGUCAAUCCGUAGUGUUAGUGAAAGGCGAUCAAUAUGCGAAAGUGGAGAUGGUCCAUCGUCAUGGGACGAUGCUGAUAACUUUCUCGUUUGCAUCUACAACGUCUCACCGGAUAUCCCCUAUGCCAUCCUCAAGGUGCCUAUUGGAUCAACGGCUCAGGACGUCUUGGCUCAGGCUCUCAUCAAGGCCCGAAGGCUGGAGAAUCCGAAUAAUUUUGUUCUGGUUGAGGAACUAGAAUACGGUGGAGGUGGAAGUUCUACAGUUACCAAUACCCAACAACGUUCACUGCAUGACGAUGAGAAUGUCUACUUAACACAGGCAAAUUGGAAGACCAUUGGGAGGUUUAUAUUGCAGGAGAAGAGUGUAGCUACGCCUUCUAUGAGACGACAUCGUUUGGCUAUUGAUAAGAUCAGUAGAGGCUUUAGCAUUAGCAGAGCAGCAGUUCUCAGUAGCAACAAAUCACCUAUUCAGGUUGCAUUGAGUGAUCCUACAACGUCCCGAUCGAGAUCCAAAGCCGACGAACCUGGACACUCUCAGAUGGGACGAGGUAUCUUCAGGGCUAAAGGUAAUUCGGAGAAAGAGACACCAACUUGCAGUCCACGGCCUCGUCAGAGAGAAGUUCAUUCAGAGGGUGAAACCCUAAGUGAUGAUGACAUCAAGGAAACUGAUCUGAUGUCGACGGUUUCGCGUCUCAAAAAAAUGUCUAUUAGGAAAUUAAAAGCUUGGAAAACCUGAGUGUUACACUAUACGUCCUCGUAGAGUGAGGAUCUAAUGCCUGAUCCUCAAUCACCGAGAUGGACGUAGGCUGUCAAUACUCAGUAGCUCUCGAAGGGUUUUGUCUAGAUGUUAAGCAACACACCAUGUCUUUUCAUUUCAAUAGUCAAUUGAUAAAGACUACUAGAGACUAUUGUGCAACUUAUGCAAAAAGAAAAAUUAUCACUUUAUACUAAGAAAUGAAAAAAAAAACAAGUGAAAUGGAUAACACAUCAAAGCCAUACUAUAAUGGUCCAUUGCAAAUACAAGUCAAAGAAUCACACUCAAACAUUAUCACACUGUUUAUAAUGUAUUGUUACUUUGAAUUAUGGAAUUGACGAAUUUACCAUGAUAAGAAAGUCAUAUAAAAAAAAGUAUUUUGGUGAAAAAUAGAACAAAAUAAAAAAUAAAAAACAAAAGAAAUAAUAUCAAAAUUCGCAUUUCUGCAGGGAAUCAAUGGGAAGUGUCAACUAAUGAAAAUUGUAAUCUCUGGAGGAAACGCUAUGAAUAUUCACAAAAAAAAUAACAUUUCUAAUAAAUAAAUUGCAAAAAAAAAGAAAUUAGUAAAUUAUCUUUACUAUAAGUAACACUAUUUGACGCCUACAACUUCCACUUUAAAAGAAGUAUCUCAUCGCAAUUCAAAUAGCUUUAACUAAUCAUAUCGUUAAAAGUUUAACUUAUUAAUUGAACAAGAAAAUAUUAUAAAAAAAACUUUAUGCAUUUGUAUAAAUGCAUGUAUGGAAUGACUAUUUCUUUUUUGAUUUUCUUUUACUUUUGCCAUUGAACAAAAAGAAGCCACUGCCUUGUACAGUGGCUACUUUGGAGAGCAUCACUGUAAAUUUGAGAACCUAAAAAGGAAAAAAAAAGAUAAAAAGUUCAACCCCUCUUUCACAUGAUAAAAUGAAAUUGUAAACAUAUUGAAUAAAUUGGACCAACAUGAAUUAUUAUGUAAUGAAAAGGAGAAAUCUAUUUAGAAAGAUGGACAUUUUGCCAUUUAACAUGUUAUGUACUUAUAGAGAAGGAAUAUAAAACAAAACAAAAAAUAAAUAAAUAAACGAGUAAAUGACUAAUAGUACGAGUAUUAAUAUGAAUGUAAAAUUGACAAAUACUUUACAAAAAGGAAAGAUGCAUUAAUAUCAUGUAGGGUAAGAGUAACUUUUUGAAACUAUCAAAGGAUUGGUUGCAGACAACAAAAAAAAUGAAGUUCAAUCAAAUCACAUCACUAUCAAAUACGAAAAUCAAGCUUCAUAUUUUAAUGACAAAUAGCGAAUCUUCUUCAACAGACACAUUCUUAGGGAAUUUUUUUACAACUUAACUCAUUGUCACAUUUCUGAUCAAUGCAAAAUUCAGAUUAUUCAAAGAUUGCGCUAGAAACUGAGAAUUAUUUCAAGGAUUGUUGAGAAAAGUAAAAAAUUUAGAAUUCAGAAGGUUUUUAGAUGACUUGACUAAGCCCUAUUCCUUUUCUAGUGAGAGAAAUUAGUGAAGAUUUUCUCUUAUGGCCUCUACACACUAGAGAAAUUUAUGUCCAUAUUGAAGCAAAUUCCCUACGUUUGUGUAGGAAACACUUUAAAAUAUGGACAUAUUUUUGUCUAGUGUGUAGAGGCCAUUACCCACAUAAAACAGUAUUUACAUGAACAUAUACACGAAUUUCUGAUUUUUUUAUUAUAAAUUUUCCCAAUAAACAAUUGACAUAUUCAGAUUUUAAAAGCUUAUCUUUGCAAUUUGUGUUAACUUUAUUUCUAUCAGAUUAUUACCCGCACUGAGAAAAAAAGAGGGUGCGAUUAACUCUUUUUUCUCAUAACUUUAACACUUUUUAGGUGUAAAAAUAUAUCUACAUUUUUUAAUGUUAAUUUUGCACCUUUUCAAGGGUAAAAUCAACAUGACAGAAGGGUAACUUUAACCCCUAAUACACUUGAAAAGGGUAAUAUUUAGACCAAUUUCGGGUCAAUACUGCAGGGUAAAAUUAACAUUUCCGGAAUGUUAUUUUAACUUUUUCGGAUUUCUCUCAGUGCGCGAAUCAUAGGAAUUAUUUCAGGAUCUGAGAACUCUUAGAAAAGGGGUCACUGACGAGAUAUAAACCUGCCACCCGUUCCCCUCUUUCAACCAGAUCCUCCCUCUGGUCUGCACGUAGCAUGCCUUUACUCUUCCGAGUCUAGUCACUAACUUUCCCUCUCGUCCGUCUCUUAAUUAGUACUCUCUCUAUUAGCGAUCACCGCUAAAGUCCAGAGGUGUCAAACCCUAAUCGCGUAUGCAUGUAAGAGGGAGGAAAAUGGUCAUGCCAUGAUGUUUUCCCAUCAUAACACACAGAGGUAGGCCAUCUCUAUGGAUGAAAAGGUGACAUCAAAAGAUGUCAAAUGAUCAAAUAUCCGCCGCAUCGGGUUUGGCAGUCGGAAAAUCUGGGGCUUACAAAUGUAAUGCACAAUUUGGGUUAUGCAUAUUCCCUUGAAUUCUUAGAUAGAAACUUUUAGGCUUUAAAUCGGUCUUCAAAAGCUGAGUCAUAUUCUCUGAUAAAGAUCUUUGAUUUUAAAAUAUCAAUUGUCUUCAAAUCUUCAAACUAAAAUGCACCAUUCUUCAUAAUAGUUAUGUCAAACUUAUUUAAAUCGUUAUUAAUUUAAAAGCUGAUUUUACAGACCAAUAAAACCGUUCUACAUCUAGUUUUUUUUUUUAUUUUUGACUAUAAAACCAGAAAAGAAGUUUUUUUUGUAUAUAUAUUAUCAAACCUAAUCGAUUACGCUUUAACAGCUUAGAAGCAUAAACAAACUAAAAAAUACUAACACUAAAAAGAGACUUUAAACAGGAAAAGAUUUUUCUUUAUGUAGGACACAUUAGAAACUGGGAGGCAGUACCUCUUGAUGUUUAUCCUCCUAUGCUCUAGACACACUUACAACUUAAGCUGAGACACAACUUAGUGGAAAAUGAUGGAAAUGAAGAUUAACCAUUAUUUGUAAUAUAAUUUUGCUAAGCCGUCUCUCGACUAAUCCUCAUGUCUGGGCCCUUAGGCCCUCAACUAAGAAUUCAAGUUUAUUAAAAUGAAUUCAAAUUGAUCAGUAAGAUAAAUUAAAAAAAGAUCAUAAAUCUCUAUAUUUAACUUUAAAAGACACUUUAAAAAAUCUUUUGAAUAUACAAAAAAUACAAUCAUACGUAUGUGAAUUCGAUUCAUCUGGCUCUAGUUUUCUUUAAAAAAAGAAGAUUAAUUAAAUUUAAUUUAAAUAUGAAAUAAUUUUGAAAGAUACGAAAUGUGAAAAGAAAAACUAAAAAACAGGAUUUUCUAUCGGAUUUUCAAGUAUUAAAAAUGAAACCGAAAAUAUCACGAAGGGUAAUAACUUUUCAACAUUCAGUAUUGUUGACUCCUCGAGAUUCUGACACAUUUGCUUCUUAGCUUUUGACGAUUUCGAUCCAUUCGUAAAUUUGAUACUUCGAGAAUCUGAUCGGGACCCUUUAUUCUCUUUGAAUUCAAAGUAGUAAACCUGAUGUCAUAGACACACUUUCAACUUGAGCCGAGAAACGGUUUUACGUAAUUACAAUCAAAAUAAUGAUUAGAUUAUAUUUCCAUAUUUUUUUUGACUAAUCCGCCUCUCGGCUUAAUCCGGGAAACGGCUUAGGCCCUUGACAGACCUGAGGAUUAGGCGAGAGACGGCUUAGCUUAAUUCUUAGAACUAAUGGUCAAACCACAUUUCCAUAAUUUUCCACUAAGUCGUCUCUCGGCUUAAGUCGUAAGUGUGUCUAGGGCAUUAGGUAGUGGAAAACUGAUGGGAAUUUAGUAUAAUCAUUAUUUUGAUUAUAAUUAUGGUUAGCUUUGUCUGGGCUUAAGUCAUAACUGUAGACGUCAUUGUGUCGUAACUGUAGCGGCGACAUAAUCAGAUUGAUUAACAACUUUUUUUAAUUUUUUUCAUUUUCUUUCUUUUUCUUGUACUUUUUUUCCUAUCUAAUCAGACAUUGUAAGAGGGACGGACCCUAAUUAUGUUUGAUUUAAAACAAAUAAAUAAAUUCAAACUUCAAAAUGAAAUUUAUCUAUUGAAAAACAAAUUUCACUAAGUCUAAAUUGAAAUUCGCUAAAACGAAAACAUGUGUGGAGAGCAAAUAGAGGGAACCGGGCAAAAUGAGCCAAGGGGUAGAAUUAUAUGGUGGGCUUUUCAAGUUUCUUUGAUUAUCCUCUCUCGAACAGGUCAGGGUUUUUAACACUUAAAGACAAGAAGGUCAAAAAUCGGGGAUCAGAAAAAAUAACUUUUUCUGACUUUUUAGAGCAAAACACAACUUUAGAAGGCCAUAGGAAAAAUUUCAUUUUUGGGUAACCGGUGACCCAAUCAUCCUUAAAAGGUUAAAGCUUUGAACCAUAUACAGUACCAUACAGUCAAUAUCCUACUCUUGCUUAUAAGACAAAAACAUCGGAGUGAUUAUCAUUUGCCUAAUUUGCUGGUUAAAUGUACUCCGGUCUCUCUUACUGGAAAUAUUUAAGUUAGUUUAUUUCACAAAAAUCCUACUAAACUUUAACUGCAAACAGGAAAUCCUUAAAACUUGAAAUCUUUAAACUUUCCUUGAGCUUUUAUUAUCGCUGAAUUAAAGGGCUAAUUCACCAAAUUAUGGUGAGAUUUUGAGUCUUUUAAGAUUAAUGUUUCAUAGAUUUUUCUUGAUUUUCAAUAAUGUAUCUCAUAGUAUUUGAUCUUUACGAUCUUUACACUGUGUUAAAAGGUUUUUCGAAAAAUAGAUAUUCUAGAAAAAAAUAAGUUUUUCAAAAAUUGUUAUUCAGAACUGUAUUAUUGAAAAUUUCUUUCACUAUCUUCAAAAGAAUUUUUCAUCCUUGUUUUAUCAUCGAGAACCUUAAAGUUCUUAAGUUUUGUGAGAUUGACAUUAAAGGUAUUUAAAGAAGUUUUUCGAAUUUGAAUAUGCAAUGAUAGCUUUUCUGUUUGAUUUAAAUUGCUUCUGGAUAUUGUUCUUUGACAAGCUUUGAGUGUAACAACAGAUCGGAAGCAUUGCAAUGUAUAAGCAUCUCAUUGCAUUCAUUACUAUAAAGCUUUUUAACUUCUUUAGCAUAUAUAUUAUGAGGUUUGCAGUCAAGUGAGUUUUUUUCCACAAAUACUUUUCAUAUUACAAAUAAAAAAAAACAAAUGACACGAUAUACACCAAAAUAGUUUAUUCAAAUCUUUCAUGAUACAUUAGUAGCAAUUAGCAUAACAAAGUGAAAUACUAUCAAAAGUAACUUUUGAAAAUACCGUAGGCAUUCAAUUUCUAUUUGAUAAAAGAGUAAUGAAAAAGAGAAGAGGAAAUAGUUAAAAUAGUGAAUUCAGAGAUUCAUUCCAAUUUAGUGGAUAAUAUUGAAUGAAUAAAAAUAUAAUUACUCUAAAAUAAAUAGUAACAAAAGAAAUAAAAGGUGGAAAAUUUAAACGCUGUGUUAAUAGUGUGGUAAAAAGUGAGAUUAAAAAAAAUGAAGAAUCACUUCAGGAAGAGAUUUACCAAAUAAAUAAAUGAGAGAUACUAUUAUUACAUGUUAAAGAAAAAAAAAUUAAUCGAGAAGAAAAAGUUAUAAAAAAAAAUAUAUUAAAAAAAGAUGUACUAUAAAUAAAUUAUUGCAAGAAAAAUAGUUAUUAUUAUGUCUUAUGUAAUUAACAAAAAAAAAUGUUUUUCUAAUAUCACUGUGUCAAGAAGAAAAUUUUUCUUAAAUAAAAUGAAUAUCUUUACUAAGGAUUAUAAAGUUUAUAUAUUUUGUUAGACUUGUCUUUAAUAAAAUAUUGUAAUAAAUAAGAAUGAAGAGAUUAAUGUUACACUUAUGUAUAGAUUUCUAUUAAAUUAAUUUUUUAAUUUAAUGAUGAAUAAAUAUGAGAAAUGAAAUAAAUGUUAUUAUGACAUUAUUAAUCCUUAAGGCGAUUCCUAAUUAACCGAUGCCCAAUAUUUGAAUAUUUAAAUAGUCUAAUUCAAUUUUUUUUUGUAAAAUAAAAAAAAGAGGUUUUGGGAUGGUGAAAUGGAUCAUGAAUAUAAAAGAAAUUAUAUGUUAAAUCAAGUAUAAGGUUUACGAAAAAAAACAAAAGUAAAACGUAAAGAAAAAUCAACUGGACGCCUUAAAAAUUUAAUUGUUGUGAUUUUGUGAGUCAAAUGUGUGUGGAAAUGUAGAAAAUGAUGUACUCUUCAGUGUUGUCUGAAUUUUCAAAUUUUCCUCUCUCUUUCUUUUGUCUCUCUUCUCGUCUUCCUUCCAUCAUCAGCAAUAGUCUGUGUUGCAAAAAUAAAAAAAUACAAGGUUUUAUGUCGUAAAAAUCUAUUCAAUGAUGCACAAAACAUCUGCAAGAUACAAAUCCUACCUCAAAAUGCAUACUAAAUUCCCCUGAACCUCAAAAUUAAACGAGGAAAAUAUCUUCACUACUUUGCAAUUAAACCAUCCAGAUGGAACGAAUUAAAAAAAAAAUAUAGAAUAAAGGUGUCAAGUUCAAUUGGCGUUAUUUUCUACUUUUCCUCCAACGUCUUUGACUCUGUUUGAUUUCCAACUUAAAUAUUUGUAUCUAAAUCACAAAAAUAAAUUGUGGUGAAAAAUAGUUCUCGAUACUGCACUUUGCAGAGGCAUAUAACUUGUGAAUACUCUGUGAAUGCUAUUUUUCUUGUAAUUCAAAUUAGAUUAUAUUUUUUAUUGAAAUAAAACAUCAGUGACAAGAUUUGUCCUAUAUAGUGUGAAAUACAAUAGAUGGAAAACAUUAUAAAGAACAAUUUUCAUGGAGAUUUUUGCAGAGAUUAACUUGUAAGAUGUGUAAUUCAUUAGCGGAAGUACACAUAAACACAAAAGCAUCCAGACUAAAAGUAUAACAUCAAAUUGUUUGAAAUUAUAAAGACAAAUGAAUCAUCUUUUGAUUAAAGUUAUUUAAUGAAAAGUAAACAAAGAAAAUGAAAAUAUGAAAAUAUUUUACAGUAAAAAUAAUAAAACAGAUACAAUGCAAAA